UUUUCUUUUAAGGAGUACUGUACAGUGGAGUUGUGGUGUCCUACUCCUACGCCAUUCAAAGAAAUCAAAAGACCCCUUUUUCAUUUACUUCCAUCACAGGUUCCUGUAGCUUCAUUUUAUAACAAGGCAGCAACAACCCAAUAACAAGUUCCGUUAUUUCUUCACCAGUGAGUGAGUUUCUAUGCCAACCCAAUUUUCAUGUUUACAAUUCCACAUAUUAUAAUCAUUUAGGUAGAUUUGAAUGGCGAGUAAGGAUGAUGAUGUGAAAGAGACACUGAUAGUUGAUGCACGGGCAAAAAAUGACGACGCUGUGAAAGAUACGCUGAUAGUUGAUGCACGGGCAAGAAACAUUAGUCACAAUGUGAGAUGUACUGAAUGUGGGAGUCAAUCUAUUGAAGAUUCUCAAGCAGACAUUGCCAUUAUACUUAGGAAGUUAAUUCGUGAUGAAAUUCGUAAAGGAAAAAGUGACAAGGAGAUAUUCAAAAAACUUGAAGAUGAUUAUGGAGAGACUGUACUCUAUGCACCAAAGUUUGAUAUGCAGACAGCAGCUCUGUGGUUAUCACCGCUCUUGGUCGCUGGUGCAGCUGCUGGAGUAUGGGCUUACGGGAAGCAUAAACAAAAGACUAAUGUUCAUAUCAUGGCUCUGAACCUUAUUAGAGGUGUUCCAUUGACCCCAAGAGAGAGGGAAACACUGCUUGACGUUCUUACGCCUCCUGCUUCACAGGGAUUUAAAUCACAGGAAGUUAAGACUUCCCUCUGGUGGAGGAGAUUGCGAGGUCAAUGGUCUCGUUGACUAUUUCGAUCGGGCUUUAACCUUUUAGGCAACUCUGCCAACUCAGUUUGUGGCUUUAAAGAACGACAAAAGUUGUCAACUUAUAUAUGUUUAUGACUAUAUAUAUUAGGUUUCACUUUGAUGUUAAUCCAUAAAUUUCCAAGUCUAGUAUUUUAAUUUUAUGUGUCAAUACCCAAACUUGGUGCAGAUAUACAUUGCCAAGAAGAAGUUCAUUUUGUAAUAAUAAUGAUUUCACCGAUUAAUUUUCAUGCCAAUCCUUAAACUCUA